UUUGAAACAAUGCAUUCUGAUGAGUGAUUGAGAAAAAUGUGUGUGAGAGCCCCAUUGAUCAUAGCCUUUGCCAUUUCAUGCUUUGGUUGCUUCUGUGCUGCUACUCUUCCUGCUUCAGAUCACCAUUUCCCUGAUCCUCACACCAAAUUCAUCAUCAAUGUGGACGAUUUCGGCACCCGGGGCGAUGGGAUCACCGACGAUUCUGAGGCGUUUGAAAAUGCUUGGCACAAAUUUUGCCAAACAAAACAGGGAGUUCUGUUGAUUCCUAGGAGGACAUAUUUACUUAAACCAGUGUUCUUUUCUGGUCCCUGCAACCCAAACCUUAAAAUGAAGAUAAGAGGAACAAUUAAAGCUUCGAGGAACAAAGAUGUUUAUAAGAUUACAGAGAGGCGAAACUGGAUACUUUUCCGACACUUGCAACACUUCAGAGUUGAUGGCGGUGGCGUCAUAGAUGGCAAUGGCGAAAUAUGGUGGAAACAAUCUUGCAAUUUCUUGAAGAGAGAGCCUUGCGAUAACGGUCAAGUACCACUUGCUGUCAGUUUUGAAAACUGCUCAAAUUUGAAGGUGAAAAACUUACGAUUAAAAAAUUCACAGAAAAUGCAUCUUACUUUUAACGAAUCUCGAGUUAUUGAAGUUUCAAAAUUGAAGAUUGAAGCUCCAAGUAACAGCCCCAAUACCGAUGGGAUUCAUAUAACAAUGACCAAAGAUAUUCAUAUCAAGAAUUCAGUCAUUAGAACAGGAGAUGAUUGUAUUUCAAUAGUGAAUCGAUCCAUGAAUGUUAGAGUAUCGGGAAUAGUGUGUGGAUUGGGACACGGAAUAAGUAUUGGGAGCUUAGGAAGACUAGGUAAUCAAGAGACUGAAUAUGUAUCUGACGUUGUAGUCAACAGAUCAAGAUUGAUAGGAACAAAAAAUGGGGUGAGAAUAAAGACUUGGCAGGGUGGGCAUGGAGAUGCAAACAACAUUGUGUUUGAAAACAUACUAAUGCAGAAUGUGACAAAUCCCAUAAUCAUAGAUCAAUUCUACUGUGAGAAAUCCAAAGUUAAACCUGAACCAUGCCCCGAGCAGAAAGAAGCUGUGAAAAUAAGCAAAGUGGUAUACAGAAACAUCAGAGGAACAAGUGCAGAAGAUCUGGCAAUAACAUUCAACUGCAGCAAGAAUGUUCCAUGCCAAGGUAUUGUGUUGGACAAUGUAAGAUUAACAAGUUCAGGAGAGGCAAAAAACAUCAAAGCUUCAUGUUCACAAGUUGAGUAUAUAACUAAAGGAGAUGUUUUCCCCAGUUGUAACUACACAGACAGUAUCAACUGAAUAAUAAAUUCUAUAAGCAUCA